AUGGGCGGCGAGAACAAGGCGGCGUCUGCCCUGGUGAAGAAGAUCGCCGGCCUCCACGCCGCCAUCUCCAAGCUGCCGUCGCUGAGCCCGUCUCCCGAGGCGGACGCGCUCUUCACCGCCCUCGUGGCCGCGUGCGCCCCGCCGAGCGCCGCCGUCGACGUGGCCACGCUGGGGCCGAGGGCCCGGAGGAUGCGGACCGACCUCGUCCGCCUCUGCGCCGACGCGGAGGCGCGCCUCGAGGCGCACUGCUCCGACGCACUCGCCGCCCUCGACGCCCCGCUCGACCACCUCAGGAUCUUCCCCUACCACGACAACUACGUCCGGCUGGGCGAGCUGGAGCACGCGCUGCUGUCCCGCCACGCGCCAGACCACCUCGCCGUGCCCGCGCGCGUCGCGUUCGUCGGGUCCGGCUCCCUGCCGCUCAGCGCGCUCCUGCUCGCCGCACGCCACAUGCCGGACGCGGCCGUCGACUGCUUCGACCGGUGCGGCGCCGCCAACGAGCGCGCUCGGAGGCUGCUGCUCCGCGGGAACGACGGCGGCGGCGUGGCCUCGCGCAUGUCGUUCCGCACGGCGGACGUCGAGGCGCUGACGCACGAGCUCGCCGCCUACGACGUGGUCUUCCUGGCGGCGCCCGUCGGGGUGACGCCGGAGGAGAAAGCCCGCGUGAUAGCGCACCUCGGCCGGCACAUGGCCGCCGGCGCCGCCCUCGUCGUGAGGAGCGCGCACGGUGCCCGCGGCUUCCUGUGCCCCGUCGUGGAGCCCGCGGAGGUCAGGCGGGGCGGGUUCCAGGUGUUGGCCGUGCACCAUCCCGAUAAUUCCGAGAUGGUCUACUCCGUCAUUGUCGCACGUAAAGGUUACCUCGAGCUCGUGCCACCGGCGGUGAGCCCGCCGUGCAACUGCUGCGAGGUGGAGAAGGCGCGCGGCAGUGUGCCGUCAACGAGCUGCCACCUUGAUGCCAUGGACGAAAUCCGGAGGCGCGCGUGGUGAUUAAAUCCAGGGUGGGUAGGCUUUGUUAGUUCAAACUUCAAAGUCGGACUCGUCUUGAGCCUUCGAUCUAAAAGUAUGGUGUGACUGGAAGUCAGCCUACACCCUAUAUUUUUUGUGAGAAUGAGACACCAGUCGUCUGUAACGGUGGUGAGUACCCAAAAACACCAGUUGUUUGUAAUGGUAAUAAGCGUCGAAAUAAAGUGAAAAUGCCGAUUUGAGCCAGGGAAAGACGCUAUGCGGACGCCACUAGGUGGCUUUUUUUCUAUUUCUCUUUUGCUUCCUUGGCUUGAUUGUGCUGUGGCCCCAGCAGUGGUAUGUCGAGUGUUGUUGAACCUGGAUUGUAUGGAUCGUUGUUUUAUUUAUAAAACGGGGCGAAAGCCUAUUUCAAGA